CAAUUAUUAAGCAGUACAUGCUUCUCAUUAUUGCCUAAGAUUUCGAUUUUCUUACCAACAGCAAUUCGAAUCGACUGCGAGUUAGAGAAAUGCAUACCCAGUUCUGGAUUCAGCAGUUCCAGUCAAGGCUCUUGACAACAUCAGUGCCAGUUCUGAAUUUGCAACCCGAUGGACACGAACGAGAUGAAGGCUCCACUGCAAGCAGUGAUUGACCGACUGGUGGAGGAACGUGAGCAUGUGUUGGGCGAAGAACGUAUUACUUUGGCUUCACAUCUUAUCCUCGGUGGAAUACAGGAUGUUCUAAAGUGUUUAGAGAGGGAAAGGAUUUCAAGUGAUACGGUGAGUACUGUGGAGAUUUGAGGUGCCUCCCAUAUAAAUUCAUGAAAUGUAAACAGGAGGAAAGUCUGAAACGCGUUUGGGAUAAAUCGGACCAAGAAGCAGCGGCCGCUAUUAUCACUCUACUUCAUCAAGGGGUUGAUGCCAAGUCACCGGACGGAGUACGAUACUGGGAUGAAGAUAUUUCUUGGCGCACGCAAAAUAACUCUCGUAUAAAACUGUUUCAUGGUGCAGGGUGCCGCAAUCGCUCUUCAAUACGCUUUAAGGAAUAGUCGCGCCGACGUGAUCUCUCUGUUGUUGGAACGAGGUGCCGACGUAAAUUCUCAAGAUGAGUUUGGCGAUACUGCUCUUCAUCGCGCUAUAGAGCAGUAUCGUGGCAAUACCGCCGUGAUCUCGUUGUUGUUACAACGAGGUGCCGACGCAGCUGUUCAAAAUGUGGAUGGCCAGAACGCUCUUCACUACGCUGCUGCCAUUGCGAACUCCGAGGCGAUCUCGCUGCUGCUGAAACAAGGUAUCGACAUUGAUGCGCAAGAUGAGACUGGCCAGACCGUACUACAUUACGCUACUGUUAUUGCAAACACGGAGGUGAUGUCGCUGUUGUUGGAACAAGGUGCAGACGUUGGUACUCAAGAUGAGGAUGGCAAGACCGCUCUCCAUUACGCUGUUACUUCUCACAACACCGACGUGAUGUCGCUGUUGUUGGAACGAGGCGCCGACUUAGCUGCUCGAUAUGAGGAUGACGAGACCAUUCUUCAUUACGCUGUACGCAAUGGCGAUGUCGACGUAAUCUCGCUAUUGCUGGAGAAAGGUGCCGAUGUAGCUGCUACAGACAAUAACGGCGAGAUCGCUCUUCAUUACGCUGCAUCGUUUGGCCACACAGAGAGGAUACUGCUGCUGCUGGACCGAGGGUCUGAUGUAAAUGCUUCAGACAAUGAUCAAUUGACUGUGCUUCACCAUGCAGUAACACGUUGCAGCCCCGAGGCAGUCUUGUUGCUUUUGAACAAAGGUGCCGAUGCAAACGCGCUUACUAAGGAUGGUCUCAACCCACUCAGCCACAUGAUUCUAGUAAAAGAGGAUGAUCCAGACGACGACUACCUCGGUGUUGUUCGCUUGUUGUGCUCUCAAGAACCAAAGCUCAAGUUGCCACCAUCCACUCAAUCAUUGGCGAUAAAUCAGUUGGGCAUGCUAGCCUGUGCCCAGUAUUGGCAGGAUCGUUAUGAGAAGAAACAGCCACUGCUAGAAAUUCCCUCGGAAGUUGUCAAAGGAGGAGAAAACGCCGUUGAGGUGUAUCUGGCUGAAUUGGAGAAAACUGAUUCGAGUGAGGUAGUUCACCGCCAAAAGAUUUGUGUUGUUGGUCGAACCAAAUGGGGAAAGACCAGUCUGGUGAGAUCGAUAACAGAAGAAACGUCGGUAUUGGUCCCUCUUGAAGAUCGAACGAUUGGCAUCGAAGUAUUUCCUCUCCGAUUUACGGUAGAUGGUGAUGGUAACAAGAUGAAAGCGACACACCACGAUGUCACGUUUUGGGACUUCGCUGGACAAGGUGUUUAUCGAGUGGCGCAUGCAGUCUUCUUCUCCAAACGUACACUUUACCUGGUAUGUGUCGACCUUGCAGCAUACAACGAAAUACUUGAACAAGCGAAGAAGGAAUCGAAGACGCAGAGAGAUGAAGUUCCGCAGCGCUUUUUCGAGAAACAUAUUCUGCGUUGGAUCGUAUUGAUCCUUUUACGUCAACCAGAAGCAGAAUUCAAACUAAUCGGGACGAAGCACGAUGAAGUGUCUGAUUCAUCGCGAAGUGAAAUUAGCCAUGAUAUCCGAGAUCGUCUGGGCCAAUUCCUGGAGAAGCUUGAUGGCAGCAUACAGAUAACUGGACAUGCGGCGACGGCCCUCAAGAAGGAGUUCGAGGAGGGUUUGGUAACGACAAGUGUGACGAAUGUGGAGUCUAUUCAGAAAGUGAAAAAUUCUAUCAAGCACACCAUCACUGCUAAACCGCACCUCAGCUUUAAGAUGCCAAUAACAUAUACUCGAGUUAUCAACUACAUCCUCGAAAAGCGCCAGUCAGUUGUUGGCGCAACAAACCAAGAUCGAAUGGACAAGAUGAUCGUGUCAGUCCGUCAGCUGUGCAAGGACUUACUAAAGCUUCCGGACUUCCCACAGGACACUGACUGUCGGGAGAUUCUUCGGGUUCUGCACGAACUUGGAGAUGUUUUGUGGUACAAAGGGAUUGACGAAGAGCUGGAAAAGUGGAUUAUUCUCGAUCCAUCCGUCGUACUUGACCUCGUGCGUGAGGUUAUCAACCACAAGUAUAAAGAAGAAGUGGACGAACAGUACAAAGUGCUUUCGCAGAAUGGUAUUCUACCUCAUUCACUGUUGAUGACGUUCCCGUCGUGGAAAUCCUUGGCUGCCGUUGAAGACAAGAUGGUCCAUCUAUUCAAGCAGUUACUGCAUCGCUUAAAUUUGGUAUACCCGGUCAACGACAUGGAGGCUAUUGACAAGGCUGAUAUACUAGUUCCGAUGUACUGGAAGACGCGAGAAACCCCCAAAGCAGAUUUGAAGUUAUUGGCAACGCAAAAGACGAUUCUGACACAGGAUUUUGGCGAUAGUUGGCAUGUGGCAACGUGGCGGUACUGGUUACCCAUUGUUGUAUCCGACGCUAUCUUCGUGAAUUUUGUGGUGAAGUGUUAUCGCCCGUUCGUCCAUCGUAGCGCUCGACGCGCAUACUUCGAGAGCUCCGUUCGCAGGGAGUUUCGCGCCGUCGUCAACCACAGUGCAAAUAAAACGGGGCAGUACAAUGAUAUCUUAAUUGAAGUAGCGGCACCUACAGAGAAGUUGGCGUGGGCAGAAAUGAUGUAUUUCGUGACCGAUAUGGAAAAAAUCUUGGAAAAAGACUACCCCGGAUUAACCAAGCACGCCAGAGUCAAGCGGUUCAUUGUUGACGAUGGAGAGGACCGCGGUGUAAACGAUUUAAUGGAAAAUCCCGAGGACGGAAAACGACAGCGGGCUAAAGCGCGAUGGCUACCGCCUGAUUUCGGCUGGUUUACCCAGUGCGCGUGGAAAAACGGAGGAGUAUAUGAAAUACACCAGUUACGCCAUCAACUGGAAGCGGUGAAAAAUAUUGUCGUCACUAGCGAGAGUUGCCGUUUACCUCGUCUAUGGACGUUGUUGUAUCCUAGAAAGGGAUCACAUGUCGAGUUACGGAUCCACAGUGAUGUUUCGGGUAAGUGUGAGCAUAAAGCCUUGCAGAUCCCAGUUAACGACAACAUCUUGACACGCUAUCCCAAGAUGUUUCAGUUUUGUAUUUCUGCCCUGUCAGCAGCCUCUGUAGCCAUCCCCAAUGCCGUGGCUGUUGCCGCCGUGAAUCAAGUUUUAGAAGCGUCGAAAUCGGCAUUAAACCAAAAGAUCACGGCUAAAGAGGUUCUUGACAGAGCAAAUCUAGGUGCAGGCGAAGAGAAGUCAUCACAUGAGUUGGGUAUGGGCCCGGCAGAACGAAGGGCGUUUCUACUGCAGUUGUUGGCACUCCAUGAUCCAUCUUUCAACGAGGAUACUAUCGGAAGAGCCUGCCAAUUGCAGCGUGGUGCCACAAAAGAGGGCUACUACAUCUGGUUAAGUGAUGACGAAUACUCCGACUUGAAACAUUGCGUCACGCUAUGUGAUCCAGAGUCCGGCCCACCAGUCAUUCCCAUUCUGGCUACUACAUCAUCUCCUGAGCCGUCAAUUUCACUUAGAAUCAUUGGCGCGGAAGGGACGUGGAAGCCCUUAACGAAGAUGUACUGUGCAUGGGAGCUUCUGCGUGAUCUCAAGGUCGUUGGUAAUGGAAGCACCAGCAAAACAGCUUGUACGGAAAUUGGUACAUCGUGGGAGUCGACGGCAGUGAAGUUGAACUUUGUGGACUCUCAUAUUAAGAUGCUCCGUGACUGCACGCUGGUGAUUCGCGUGAAAAAGGCGCGUAGCUUCACUUGUUGCUUCAGGAGUGACAAGGUGAUCGUCCAAGGGGAGACGCAGCUUUGCGAUCAUGUUAAUGCAAACUGCAGCACCACCCAACUAAUCAAUGUCCCGAUCUCAGUGGCAACAGGUACGCUAACUCGCACCGUGAAUUGCCAGAUUAAGAUUAAGUUCAUCGGGCCAUGAAGGAUGUCGAGAGAUGCAAUAUUCAUCAAUACACGUUACGAUCACAACUAAUGCCGUGCUGCGGGAAGCUCUGGAUAUUUGGAUACUUAAUUCGCAGUGUGGAUUGGAUGUAUUUGUACCGGUUUUCAUAUAAAAGCCAAGUCAGCAAUACAAAACUAAGUCAGGUUUACAAGCACAAAGUGAGCAGUUAUGGUAUCGAGCUAAUAAUAGGCACCAAGGCAUUACACAGGUUUUACACCAGCUUCAAAAUACCGGUUUUCUAGUAGGUAUGUGGUACAAGCGGAUAUUCAAUACCGGUAGUCAUGUGGCUAGAUUUUAUUUAUUGUAGCUGCUCCCUUGUUCUUACGUAUUAUUAUAUGGACCACGUUAGUGUUCU